AUUCUGAAGAGCGUAAUGAGCACAUCUCCUCUCCCCAAGAAUCUCAGAGGAGUCAGAGCCUUAGGGAAUCUCCUUCUAGAGUCUCCCAUUCCAACAUCCCAAAUCCAUCGUCUCCUAACCCUCACCAGGCCAAGCCUUCAUCCAAUACCUUUCAAGAACUCUUUGAUCGAAUGUCAAAGAAAAUUGAUAACAUUGCAGAAGAACAAAGAAAGAGGAGAAGAACCAACCAAGAAUCCGCAGGAGGUGCCAGAGACGACAAUCAUGGGUGAUUGUGAGGAGACUGAGGCACGAAAUCCUUCCCCUGACCAUAAGGCUGAGUCUACCCACGAGACAAUGGGAACAGAAGAUGCUACCUCAAUGAAGCCUCUGCAGGAAAUGGUUGAGUCUUGCCAUGAGGUAAUGGAAACAGACGCUGCUGAUGCUUCUAUGAAACCUCUGCAGGCUGAGUCUACCCACGAGACAAUGGGAAUAGAAGAUGCUGCCUCAAUGAAGCCUCUGCAGGAAAUG